ACACAAAUGUCAAGAUAUGAAUUUUAUAGAAGAACAACGGUAAAUAAAGGUGGUGUCAAGAAAAUUGCAAAUACAGUACUUAACCAAAGUGUGUCAAAUAGUGUCGCUAUUGUAUUAAGUGGUGUUUCUAAAGUGUUUGUGGGUGAAAUAGUAGAGAAGGCAAGAAGUUUUGAAUUGAAAAAAAUGGAUUUGAAGAAUGUUGAUGAAAAUGGUCCAUUAUUACCUGAACACAUUAGAGAAGCUUGGAGACUUUAUCAAAUAGAGAGCGGU